UUGCGUAGGAGCUAAGAUGGGACUCGGUAAAACGUCAGAAACAGGGAAAAACAUUGCCACGUAAUUAGGGCUCCUUGUACGUCCAUCAACCUUCCCAGGGGUUUCAAAUGCUCAUUUAUUUUGCUCUCAAGCUCCCCCUUAGCGUUAGUCCCAGUAGUUUGAAGUAACAGAACAGUUUCGUGCCCAGAAGAGAGAGGAGCUCACCGCGCGUGUCCGGACUUUCAUCGCGGGGCGUAAAUCAAGUAUUUGCCGCGAUCGCACCAUUCCCGCAGGCUUAAGUCACUACUGUUGUCAAGGCGUUUGCGGGAAUGUCAAGAGAACGUCUGACUGUUCAUUAAGAACUGGAAUCAUCGGAGAAGGCAAAUGGUUUCAUAAAUCGUGACCUGGAGAGUCCUGAUUUGGUUACGUUGUGGCGCUAUUCUGGAAAGCAAUUUCUAACGCAUGGUUUCUAAGUUUUUGGGGUUGUGAUUAGAAAAGAGAUUCGGCUUGGAUCCACGCGGGACUGACCUUUGGAUCUAGCAUUAAGGAGAAGAUUUGUGUCGAACACAGGUUAUUUGCUUAUGAUUCAGAAUAAAUCGAUGUUGGUUGUAGCUAAGAAACAUUUGGGGCAUCUUAUACAAUCACCUUUUACGUUCUUGUUCAGUUUGCGUCAUGACUUCUAGUUAUGCCCAUGUAAUGGACAGACCAGCCACGCUAUCAAAUCGCUUGGAGAGUCCAAUCACUGCAAAUCUGGAAAAUUUACAGGCUAAGAAAAACUUUUCAGUAAGUCACCUGUUAGACCUGGAGGAAGCGAGGGAGAUGGUCGGAGCACAAGCGGACGAGAGCACGGGAGAGGCGGGCAGGAGCAUGCUGGAGUCGCCUGGUCUGACAAGCGGCAGCGAUACUACGCAGCAAGAGAAUGAGCAGCUCAACUCAGAGGAGAAGAAGAAACGUAAGCAGAGGCGAAACAGGACCACGUUUAACAGCAGUCAGCUCCAGGCCUUGGAGCGAGUGUUUGAGAGAACACACUACCCAGAUGCUUUCGUCAGGGAGGACCUAGCACGCAGGGUGAACCUCACUGAGGCUCGUGUGCAGGUUUGGUUUCAAAACAGACGGGCCAAGUUCCGGCGUAAUGAGAGGGCCAUGCUGGCCAGCAAGAAUGCCUCACUCCUUAAGUCUUACUCAGGAGAUGUGACGUCGGUGGAACAACCUAUCGUGCCACGCCCAGCCCCCAGACCCAGUGACUACCUGUCCUGGGGCAGCAGCCCUCCAUAUAGUGCCAUGGCAAGCUACUCACCGUCGUGUGGCAGCAACAACACAGCCCAAGGUGUGAAUAUGGCCAACAGCAUCGCUAACUUGAGACUGAAGGCCAAGGAGUACAGCCUGAACCAAGUGCCCACUGUGAACUGAGAGAAGCCGUACAGCCAGGACAGCGAGUGGCACAGCGCCUCUGUCACCCCAGCCAAAGACACUGCCGCUGUGCAUACGAAUGUACUCUGUCUGUGCUUUAGUGUGCAGUGGUGUUCAUCCAUCUACUCCAAAAGGAAUGGAGGAAAAAUAGAUUAUCCAAAGCUCUAACAGAAAAAAGAACUCUUUUCUAAAACUCUGAUUUACGUAAGAUGCUGUCAUGUUUUUGGCAGUCAGUGUUGACAUGUGGGGAAACUUUGGGGGUUUUUUUUUGUUUUUUUUUUUAAAACACAAAAUGGAAAGUUUGUGUAUUCAUAUUCGCUGUGGCGACAAUGGGUGUAGCCCCUUGAAAGGAAGACAUGGUAUGGAGUCCUGGAGACUGCAGCCAACCACUGAGAACUGAUCACCUCUAUGGAAUUCAGCUGCAGCAAUCUUACAGACUCUUUGAAGGAAGCCUUCAGAAUUCUUUCUUGAUUUCUCCCAGGACAUUCACUGCAAUAUAUUUAGAUUGUAAAUAGCGAAUACCUUUGUUUUUUAGAAUAAGCAGGUAAAACAUAACUUUGUAAUGAACAUAUUCUGAUUUCUCUUUUGGGUUUAUACAAUCAUCCACAUGCUGUGGCUGAGUGUGCAUUUUUGAUGUAUGUAAUGUUAGAUCCAUGUCAUGCUGUUUUUUUUUUUUUUUAAAUAAGGAAAUCACUCCUGAGUCUAAAUCCUUGAAGCCUUGUGUACAUUGUCUGAGAAUAUCUAAACCUGUAAUAUUCCUUUGCAAUUAAAAACAUGUGCAAGCAA